AUGUCGCAAUCCCUCCGCAUAGCUAUUCUCGAAUGUGAUACCCCCAUCGACCCCAUCAAAACCAAAUACGGUCCCUACGGCGACAUCUUCGAAUCCCACCUCAAGGAAGGUCUCAGGCGCAUCAACGCAAAUGUCUCGCUCCAAUUGACCAAGGUCAAUGUGGUCCAACCAUUCGUGGACUAUCCCAAGCCAGAGGACUUUGAUGCUGUCCUCUUAACUGGCAGCAAACAUGACUCCUACAAAGAUGAACCCUGGAUCCUCACCCUCACCAGAUUUGUUCAAGACUGCUACCUCAUCCAUCAUAAACCCGUAAUUGGGAUCUGCUUCGGCCACCAGAUUAUUGCGCGUGCGCUGGGAGCCCGCGUCGGUCCGAAUGUAUCGGGGUGGGAGGUUGCUGUUGAGUCGGUGGAUCUGACGAGUGCUGGAAAACGACUUUUGGGGAGAGAUACUUUGGCUAUACAUAUGAUGCACCGCGAUAUCGUAUAUGAGGUUCCGCCGGGAUGUGUCAACCUGGGAGCAACUUUGAUCUGUGGUAUUCAGGGAUUAUAUGUCCCCAAGCGCAUUCUUUGUGUCCAGGGUCACCCGGAAUAUAAUGAGUUUAUGGUGUCGGAGUUGUUGAAGCUGAGGCGAGGUAUGCUGGGAGAGGCGCUGUAUGAGAAUGCGAUGGCGAGGGUGGGGAGAGAGCAUGAUGGGCUGGUAUUUGCGGAGACAAUGUGUCGGUUUGCUUUGGGAAUACUAGAGUAA